CUCACAUCGGGGUACCGGCCUCAGUCUAACAAGGAGGUGGAGAGGACCUGGGAAGGUCAACCAUGGUUUGAGUUUCAGGGAGGCUGGGCGGAGGGUCCAGCCUAACUUCAGUCGCUACACUGCAGCAAGUGUCAUCCGGACAUUUCGAAAUGAGGACAGGGGAACCCUCCUCCUCCUCCUGUCAAUAUGCACAUUGUCUGCAGAAGAAGACUACCGAGCACAAGGUGUCGAUAUCCUCCAUCAGCUGGGCCUCACCGGCAGCAGAGAGUUUCUCUCCUCUGGGAUCAGCUCGCCCUCUCCUCCAUCCUCACCCCCAAGAGCCGGGGUCCUACUCAGCCUGGAUGCCCACAUUGAAGCCCCCACGGGGAGUCUGUUCCCGCCGGAGCUCGGUGAGGAGUUUUCUGUUGUGGUGAGCCUAAGCUCCUGGCGAGCGAACAAUGCUUUCCUUUUCAGCGUACGUGACAGCAGGAACAAGCUGCAGUUUGGUAUCCAGCUGCUGCCCGGGAAGGUGGUCGUGUACACUGCCGAGAAGACCUCCGUCUACUUCACCUAUGACGUGCACGACGGGCGUCAGCACUCUUUCGCUGUGGGCGUGAGGCCACGCUCCGUGUCGUUCCAUGCGGACUGCGGGGCGGUGCAGCAGAGAGAGCAGACGCUGACCCGGUCACAGACGCUGGGGUCAGGAUCCGGAGGCCUGCUCACCUUAGGAAGGAUGAACUCUAAAGCAGCCCAAUUCCAGGGCCUCAUAUGCCAGCUGGAUAUCUACCCCCUGGCCCAGGCUGCUGCGCGCUACUGCGACUACCUUAAAAGACAAUGCCGGCUGGCCGACACUUUCCGAUGGCCCCCCGGCUCGGAUAUGGAGAUUUCCAGCUCCCUGGCUUUCUCUCCUAUUCCUCUUUCUCUGGAGUCCCAGAUGGUGGUGCCCCCCUUGUUGGCUGUAGACUCCCACACCCAGCAGACCUCCACCCCGGCCGGAUCAGCCCCCAUCCCCUCUCUGGAGGGGUCCGGAACAAUGUAUUUAAGCCCCUCAGAGCAGCCUCACCUGGGGGUCAGGAUCCAGACCCAGAGCUCUCUGCUAGAGCACCUCAACUCCAUCCAUACCCCCGUCACUGCUGGCCACAACAGCCUGUCCUCAGGCACCCUCAGUGGGCUGGAGGUCCUGGGAAUCACCCGCAGAAGUACCACCCCCAGUUCCAGAUCCAGGCCAACAAGGGGCUCAACCAGGCAGUCUCCCCAGUCUGAGAACGUCAUGGAGGAGAGGAGCCCCAGGAGGCCCCAACGGGUCACCACAGACACCCCAGGUAUAAACUCUCCUGUCAAGCAGACUCACUUGAAGGAUGGCCUGAGGAACAGCUCCAGCUCCAUGCCUAGGGACUCUAACCCCCAGCUCCAGCCCACUGACCACCUCCUGGACACCCAUUUCAGAGCCAAUGGCACCACCCUGUACCGGGAGAACCAGGUGGAAACCUCAGAGGAGCAUGGCCAGGAAGAGGCCUUCGAUGUGGACAUGGGAGGCUACGACUAUGGAUAUGAGGAUCCAGACUACUUCUACGGAGACUAUGACGGAGCUUUCCCCGGACCCAAAGGAGAACCAGGUCCUCCGGGUCCUCCUGGUCCCCCUGGUCUACCUGGUCCUGCUGGGAAGAGAGGAGCUCGGGGUCCUACUGGUCCACAUGGAAACCCCGGCCUGCCUGGUCUUCCUGGUCCCAAGGGCUCUAAGGGCGAUCCAGGACUGUCCCCAGGUCAGGCCCCGCCAGGAGACAAGGGUGACAGAGGUCCACAAGGCCUUCCAGGUCCAGAUGGGUUUGCAGGUCCAACGGGUCCUAAGGGCUAUCCAGGGCCACAAGGACAUCCUGGAGAACAGGGCAUCCCGGGACUUCCAGGAGUGACUGGGGAUGCAGGUUACCCUGGCAGGCAGGGUUUGGCUGGGCCAGAAGGUAACCCAGGUCCUAAAGGUGUACGUGGUUUCAUUGGGCCUUCUGGUAUAGCUGGUUCAGCCGGGCAGGAAGGGGAGAGAGGUAUUCCCGGUCCUGUUGGGAAGACCGGUCCCAAAGGAAAACAGGGAGUUGUUGGAGAUGUUGGUGAAAGGGGUCCUCCUGGUCCUGAUGGCGACGAGGGGCCUGUUGGUGGGACUGGCAUGGGUGGCUUCCCUGGUCUGAGGGGAGAUCCAGGACCUGAGGGACAGCGAGGACUGACUGGCAUAGUGGGAACUAUGGGCCUGACUGGAAAUGCGGGGCUGCCUGGAUUGAAAGGUGAUAAGGGCGAACCUGGACUAAGGGGGGAACCAGGAACGAUUGGUUACCUAGGUGACAAGGGUGCUGCUGGCUUACCUGGACCUCCUGGACUCCUUGGGAAAACAGGCCCACCUGGUAAGAUGGGUGACAUCGGACCGCAGGGACCUCCCGGCCCACCAGGACCUGAGGGUUUCCCUGGAGACAUCGGUGUGCCAGGUCCCAAUGGCCCCCCUGGACCCAAGGGGCUCCAAGGUGCCAGAGGGCCACAGAGACCACCAGGGCCAAAAGGAAUAGAGGGGGAUGAGGGCCCCCUUGGCCUUCCUGGAGGUCCUGGCCCCAUUGGUAGACCUGGAAGGAAAGGCUACAUUGGCGAACCUGGCCCAGAGGGACUGAAGGGGGAGACGGGGGAACUUGGCGGCCUGGGAAAAAAUGGACCGCAAGGUCCAGCGGGCCUGAUCGGGAUGUCAGGGGGAGUAGGAGAAGCCGGUGAAAAGGGAGGCCGUGGUCCUGCAGGUCCAUUGGGUCCUCCUGGCGAGAAGGGGUCCGGGGGUUAUCCAGGCUUACCAGGAGGUCCCGGUGCCGUCGGUCUGCAAGGCCCACUUGGUCCUCAGGGGCAGAGGGGUACACCAGGGGUCCCUGGGUCAAAGGGCAGAAGGGGGCCGAGGGGUGCAGAGGGUCCACUUGGGGAACCAGGGCCUGAGGGCACCAAGGGAGAGCAGGGUGAAGGAGGAAAGAAAGGGGAACCUGGGUUCAUUGGGAAAGCUGGCGGUCCAGGGGAGAGAGGUCUACCAGGGAAACCUGGGAAAGCUGGGAUCCCUGGCAGCACUGGAGAGAGGGGAGCAUAUGGUGAACCAGGGCCCAAAGGACCCACGGGGGACGCAGGACCUGAUGGAGAGCAAGGACCUGAGGGCGCUCCUGGCGGAGAGGGAGAACCGGGUCCAGUUGGAGAACCUGGGAUAAAGGGCGAUGUGGGGCCGUUUGGAGGAGAGGGGGAACAAGGACAGCAGGGAAUGAGAAGUCUUCCUGGUCCUGCUGGUGAGGACGGGCCCCUGGGAAAAGAUGGUCCAAAGGGAGAGCCAGGUGACCGUGGGUCAAUGGGCGAGGCAGGGGACAGGGGGAUAGAGGGAGACCCUGGGCUUCCUGGGGCCACCGGACUGGCUGGAAAAUGUGGUUUCCCUGGACCAGAGGGGAAACAGGGUCCCCCGGGGAACCGUGGUCGGCAUGGCAAGAAGGGAGAGGCAGGCAAACCAGGUCAUAUCGGUGAGACAGGGGACAUCGGGGACAUCGGCCAGAAAGGGGGCACAGGACUGAAAGGCGCCAGAGGAACCAGAGGCCCUGCAGGUCGUCCGGGAGUUAUGGGGCCUGAGGGGAUGCCUGGAAUGGCAGGAUACACAGGCCACGCCGGUAAGCCAGGAUCCAUUGGACCUCCUGGGCCCAAAGGUGAAAAGGGUUACCCCGGAGAAGACAGUAAGACAUCCGGACCUGCCGGGCCACUAGGUGAACCAGGUUCCCCGGGCGAGCGAGGAGAUCGCGGAGAGCCUGGAGAUGAGGGAUAUCAGGGUCAUAUUGGUACCUCUGGACAUCGUGGGGCUGUUGGCGCGCCAGGCCUUCCUGGAACACCAGGGGAACCUGGAGAACAGGGCCCAAUAGGAGAAAUGGGAACUCAGGGCUUAGAAGGAAAGAAAGGAGUGAGUGGCCUGACUGGGACCGCUGGUGUUGAGGGGGCCAUUGGUUUACCUGGACCAAGAGGCAUGGAGGGAUACGCUGGGCCUGACGGUCUCCCAGGACUAGUUGGGUUACCAGGUUUUCCAGGGAAGGCUGGGCGACAGGGUCAGCGGGGCACCGUGGGGCAAGAGGGGGCAGCAGGACUACCUGGUCGCAGGGGGGAACUUAGUCUGCCUGGGUUGGUCGGAGAGAGGGGGCCUACUGGAGAGAAGGGGGAGCCUGGCUUGGCAGGAGAGAGGGGAACCCCAGGAAUCAAAGGCAUGGUGGGGUCGUCCGGAGACCAAGGCAGAAUAGGGGACACUGGACUCAAAGGACAACCGGGAGAGUCGGGAGACCUGGGGAUGGUCGGCUUCACUGGGUUUCCAGGACCUAAGGGGCCAAAUGGAGAUUUGGGUUUCAAAGGCAUACCUGGUCCUAAAGGUCCUCUUGGCAUUCUGGGUUUCAGUGGACCUGUUGGUCCAGAAGGGAUGAUUGGCCCAAUGGGGAAACCUGGACCGAGGGGGCCAAAGGGAAGCCAUGGGGAAAUGGGACCCCAGGGACCACAGGGACAUCCAGGUCCCAGAGGUCUCCCAGGUGCUCCUGGCCUGGCCAGACGAAUCGAGUAUAACUCUCCGUUGGAGUCCAAUGGUGCCUUAAGGACAGAGACCUACCAGAACACUGAGAUGUCCCUCCCAGACCACAACGCAGAGAUCUUUAAGACCCUGCGCUACCUGAGCGGUGUGAUCGAGAGCAUGAAGAAGCCGUUGGGAACCCGGGAGAACCCAGCACGGUUCUGUAAGGACCUGUUGGACUGCCAACACCAGCUCUCUGAUGGACUGUUCUGGAUCGACCCUAACCUGGGAUGUCAGUCAGACGCCAUUGUGGUCUUUUGUAACUUCACUGCAGGCGGGCAGACUUGUCUCCACCCAGUAGCUUCUAACAAGCUGUCGUUCGGGGUCCAUAAGGUCCAAAUGAAGUUCCUCCACCUUCUGAGCACAGAGGCCAGUCAGGACAUCACCUUCCACUGUCUGAGUGAUCUGCCCCUCAGCCCCACAGACACCUACAGCGCUAACGGCCCAGGACAGGAGUACCGGGACAGACCACCGAGGUUCAGGGGAUGGAACGGACAGAUGUUUGAGGCAGACACACUACUUGAACCUCUACCAGACGAGUGCAAGAUCCAAGAUGGCAGCUGGCACCAGUCACGCUUCUUCUUCCAUACUCAGGACAGCUACGAGCUCCCCAUCGUAGACAUACAGGAACCACCAUCGUCACAGCCCAAUCGCCUGCUACACCUCGAGGUGGGACCUGUCUGCUUUCUGUGAGGUCAUCUAUCGCCAGCCUGCCUGUCCAAAAUAUGAACUAUGAAGCAUGCCAUAAGCAACCCAAAAUGUCUGCUCCCCAAACCAAAGAGAAUGUAAGCCCAAGCGGAGUUUGUCAGGUCUACUCCCCCACAUGGUGACAAACACCCUGUUCAAUCGGUGGUAGACUUCUGCGGAAGAACUCAAGCCAUAGGAAACUAGGCCAGCUUAGUGUAAGAUGGCUGCAGGAGAGCAGUGUAUACAAAUAUUUGUCAAAUAAAUGUAUAACGUGUGUCUGUUUUUUCAGUUUUGUUUUUCAAAAGUUGCUUGGGUUCAUUGGAAAGUUGGUCCCUGAACUCAAGAUAGGACUCAUCCACACGACACCCUUCAAAAACAAACUCAAAUCCUGUACCUCCCACCCCUUUCCUCCUUCUCCCCCAUAUACACCCUUUCAUCCAUCCUCAGAAGGGGCCUAGCUAUCCGAAGGAAAGCUCCAUGGCCUUUGUGACAGGAACACUGUCCAACCAAAACUUUCUAAGAGUGCAAUAGCUUGUGGAUUAAGCGUGAGAGAUUUCAUAUUGCAACAUCAAUUGAAGGUCAACCACCAGUUCGGGCGGCCAUUUUGUUUUUUUAUUCACGUUUGAAUCAUGUUUGAAUCUGUUGUACAACAAGGCUGGACGUUUACACCUUGGGUGUGUCCAAAAUGGCACCCUAUUCUCUAUGUAGUGCAUUUGGUUUAACUUAGGGCCCAUAGAGCUCAAACAUAGUGCACUACUGUAUAUAGGGAAUAGAGUUCUAUUUUCGGACACAGCCCUAGACAGAUGGUAUGCUUGUAUGCCCUCUAAGUAUAGGCGCUUGUGUCAAGUUAUUUUUUUGUCUUUACAAGUUGUAUGUACCGGUUACAUCAAGAUCUGUAUCGGUUGUAAGAGUACUUAUUUGAAAUGUGGUCAUUUCUACAGUAAUUUAUAUGAACCAUCUGUUGAUGAAUUCCAUGUUUUUUUUGCUUUUGCUUUUCAUUUUUAUUUGGUAGGUGGUAACUUAUCAUUGGUGCUGCAACAGACACAAGAGCUUGAGACAUCAGUGAGUUGCGAGACAAUUUUCCGGUGUAUAUUUUGACAUUAUAUGGUUGGUUAUUUAUAUCCUUUUGUUUUUGUUCACAUUACUGUACCCCAAUAAAUUAUACUCUCAGAGAUCUAUUUGGUCAACUCCAAACUCAGUCCAAAUAACUAUGUAUGUAAAAAUGUGUACUUGUAUACUAUGUACACACAUUAUGUCUAUGUUCAUUGUAUACGUUCAUGUUCACUACAGUGGUGGUUGAUAGGUCAUACUGGCAGCUAGCAUAGGCCAGAGCCAGAAGACAUAUGACAUAGCAAUGAUCUUGUUCUUUAUGCUACAUUAAACAUAGUGUAAUUCAAAAAGUCAACAUUGAAAAUGUGUAAACAUGAAAUAUGUUGACGUUAAAUAAAUGAAAAGGCCCAGUACAGUCAAAAA